UUCCUCGUCAAGGUCUGCCUUGCCGUUGUGCAGUUAAAUGAAUAGUUAUUUCAUCUCACUCCUCCCGGCGCGCAGUGGUUCUGGAAAGAUUUCCAUAGGAAUACUGAAUUCUAAUGAGGAAUAUAUCGUCGUGUUAACGGGUUAUCUAGAACUAUAUCCAGAACCAUUUCAAGAUUUAUCAGUUUAUCUGUCAGUUGACUUUUAACAUUGACUUAUUUGAUUAAUGCCGGGAAAGUAGGGAAAAGCUCGAGGUAGUUUACACAGGACAGCGGUCGGACACGGCUUGAUCUCAGUUUUCUCCGGAGAAGGACAGAACAAAACUAAACGCGGUCCAAGAUAAAGUGAUAACUGUCUCAGAAUGAAUAACAAUACAAUUGAGAAGGAGAACGAAUCGAAUGAAUUCACCAGUCAUGAAGAGGAGGUCCGGACGCUAUUUGUCAGCGGACUACCUCUGGAUAUAAAACCGCGAGAGCUGUAUCUCCUGUUUAGACCAUUUAAGGGUUAUGAGGGAUCAUUGAUAAAACUCACCUCAAAACAGCCAGUGGGGUUUGUCAGCUUUGACAGCCGAUCAGAGGCAGAAGCUGCCAAGAAUGCCUUGAACGGUGUCCGCUUCGACCCGGAGAUCCCCCAGACUCUGCGGCUGGAGUUUGCCAAAGCCAAUACCAAGAUGGCCAAGAACAAGCUGGUGGGCACUCCAAACCCACCUCCCUCCCAGCAGAGCCCUGGUCCACAGUUCAUCAACAGAGACCCAUAUGAGCUCACCGUACCCGCUCUAUACCCUGGCGGCCCAGACAUGUGGGCGUCAUACCCGCUAUACCCGGCGGAGCUGUCACAAGCCCUCCCUCCUGCUUUCACCUACCCCUCCUCCCUCCACACUCAGAUUCGCUGGCUCCCUCCUGCAGAUGGAACUCCCCAGGGAUGGAAGUCCAGGCAGUUCUGUUGAGGUUCCUGAUGUGUGAUGGUGGCCACGGUCGGCCUUGAUGGCGUUGCUGGCGGUUCUCAUGUCCAAACCAGGAGGAUUCCUGACCUUGUUUACUGAACAGUGGACCGUUGGUGAGUUCACGGUCAAACGCUCAAUGGACUCAAGCUCAGCGAUCAUGACAGGCAGGUCGAACGUGUAACUCACACCUUCAGCUGCUGGUUGCCAAGCUCCAAUCUGACAGAACAUUUUAUUUAAAAGUUUAGAUUUGUGGAAGAAGCUGCGAAAACCAAGUGGAGGUUUUCAGAAAGAAUAUCUCACUCCCAAACAAUUCUGCAGAAAUGAAGUUGAAUGCCUGCAGCCAUAUUGCCACUGUGUCAGUCUUUGUGCGUGUAUUUCAGUUAAGGCUUAAGAUGGGGUUGUUUUUGUUUUAAACCCUGUGUGUGUGUGUGUGUGUGUGUGUGUGUGUGUGUGUGUGUGUGUGUGUGUGUGUGU